AUUGGUAUUUUAUUUUUAAGUGCACAAAAGUUUUUUUGCAUUAUUGGACUUUGGUUGCAGCUUUUUAGUUUCUUCUUCUUAUCCACAAAAAAACCAGUUCAACAUAACAUUACUAUAAUCCAAUAAAGUUUUUAAAUCCCUUUUCAGUUAAAGGGAUUUUGAGUACCAAUUGGAGGAAGUUUCUUCAUUCAGUAGAAUUGAUUAAAGGGAUGGAGAUGGAUUCUGGGAAUUAUGGUUGUUCACAUUACAGGAGGAGAUGCAAAAUUAGAGCACCCUGUUGUGAUGAGAUAUUCGAUUGCAGGCAUUGCCAUAACGACUCAAAGAAUUCUUUAGAAGUUGAUCCACUCAAACGACACGAUAUUCCUCGCCAUGAUAUAAAAAGGAUCGUUUGCUCAUUGUGUAAUACUGAACAGGAUGUUCAACAAACAUGCAUUCAAUGUGGGAUUUGCAUGGGGAAGUACUUUUGCUCAAAAUGCAACUUCUUUGAUGAUGAUGUUUCGAAGAAUCAAUACCACUGUGAUAAGUGUGGAAUCUGCAGAACAGGUGGCAAGGAGAAUUUCUUUCACUGUGACAGAUGCGGAUGCUGCUAUUCAAAUUUGAUGAAGGAAUCACAUAUUUGUAUAGAAAGAGCAAUGCACCACAAUUGCCCUGUUUGCUUAGAGUAUAUUUUUGAUACAACAAAGAAUAUCACAGUCUUGCCUUGUGGUCACACCAUGCAUCUGGAAUGUGUCAUGCAGAUGGAACGACAUUUCCAGUAUUCUUGUACUGUUUGUUCAAAAUCAUAUUGUGACAUGUCCCGUGUCUGGGGAAAACUGGACGAGGAGGUUGCCUCGACACCUAUGCCUGAAAUGUAUCAGUACAAGAUGGUUUGGAUUCUUUGCAAUGAUUGUGCAGAAACAUCUGAGGUUAACUUCCAUAUAGUGGCACAUAAAUGUCCUAGUUGCAAAUCCUAUAAUACAAGGCAGACAAGAGGAGGCACCACUUCAUGCUCUAAUAUUACUGAAAUGGUCAGAUGAGGUUCUUAUUUGAGACUUGAGAGAAGAAUUCUGCUUCAAAAUUCUCAUGGCAAGCGCGGAAUGAACGCCCAGGAGCAGUGGGACAUUCUUCACUUUUUUUCCCUCCCCUUUGAUUUCCUGUUGAUCCCCCUUUGUUUGAGCUAUUGCUCCUUUAGUGACUCGAACCAACGAUCUUAAGGUUGUAGGUGGGGGUGCUGACCAUCUGAGCAAACCCCUCUUGUCACAUUCUUCAUUUAUUCUUUCAAAUGUCAGCCGUGAUAUUUCGCAUCAAAUAUUAUCUCUUUUUUUUCCAUUGUCUGAGGGGAAAUACAAAAAGAAAGUAUUUUUUAUGAACUUA